UCCUUUUACUCCCUUUUGUAGCGUAAAUUUCAUUAUUUUGUGGAAACUUUUGGGUCAGAUGGCCUACUACCUUUACGGCAGUUUAUCAUAAACAGAUUUGAUAAGGAUGGGGAUGGCUUUUGUUGGAUUGAAAAUGUGAAAUUGAGGUGAAGUUCGAAGAAGUGUAAUGUUGGAGCUUUAACGUUGAUUUUUGACAAUAGGGACAUGUGCAUGUACGUGCGUUGUGGAUGUGUUAAGACGUCACAUGGGUUAACGUGCAAAGAUGUCUAUUAUUGGAUUGUGUGAUUAGAUUUGGAUUUUUUUUAACUGUAACACCUUUACAUGUAUGGGAUUAAGUGUAGUUACCCUUGAACCUUGGACUGCUCGCUGUCAAGUUAAUAGUAGGCAUGGCGGCCGUGUUGGAUACCCGAGGAGGGUUGGAGUGUGUGCGAUGACACAUGUAUGUCUGCAUCAAAGUUGUCAAAACAGCCUGCACCACACAACCACCUAACCCCACCAAUGCCCCGCCCCGCAAAUCUUUUGCGAUACUGUCAUCUCCAUAAUGUGGGCAGCCAUCUUUAUUGCACGUGUUUUUCAUGUUGCACGUAAAGCAAGGACCCCGCCUAUAAACCUGUCAGAAUUUUUCAGCUCUUUCUCCUUCCGUGGACUCCCAGAAACCAAAUUUGGGUUGGCAUUGAAGAUUCUACAUUGAGUGGAAAACAAACAUCGCCUUGCACAACUAGCAGCGAGUACGUGUGCAGUGCACAGAUUACCAUACGGUAAUUAUGGCUCGGAAAUCCUGGAGAAGCCAUUUCUGCUACGGUAGCUGCGUCGAUUCUUGUUGGAAACCAAAGAGUAGGCGAGCUGUAUUUAGACGUGGCAUUUACCGAGGUACCGCCCUACUCGCUUUGCUAUAUUUCGCUUUUCGUUUCACGAGAAACUCCAAAAGUGAGCCUAGUUGUAAGCCAGUACUUGAGUUUGAUCUGGAGAGCGUGCAUUGGACAAGGAAGUCAAGAGUAAAUAUCUCCUCCCAGGUGACAGCAUUGAGGCACUUUUCUAAAAAGUACUCUCACUUGUAUGAGGAAAAUAUAACGAUAUUUUUCAACCAUCUGAAAAUGCUCAAGAAACAGACAUGGAAACCUCAAGGUCAAAACAGACAAGAAUUCAGAAAUUGCGUUCAUGCUGCAUUGGGAAAAGAAGGAAGUAUUAAGAAUUUUCUACUGACUAAGAACAACAUUGAAAAAGAUGAAGAGAUGUGUUUCUACCUGCAUGGAAAUAUCCAAACGUUUCCACCGGCCCUAAUGGAGUUUUUACCUGAGAACCAAAUUUACAAACCGGGACAGUUUGCAAGCUGCAGCGUGGUUGGAUCAAGCGGCAUCUUGAGAGAUUCUCGCUGUGGGAAGGCAAUUGACCAAUCGCAGGCUGUUUUCAGAUGUAACCUCGCUCCCACACGUGGAUUCGAGGCUGACGUAGGCAGCAAAACCAACUUCACAACUUUGAAUCCUUCCUACUUGAAAAAAUAUUUAAAUCGUUUGCGGACACAAGAAGACCUCGUUCACUUCGGCGCCAUUCUCAAGCAGUUUAAAGACAGUUACUUAUGGCUACCAGCUUUUUCUGCCGACUAUGAUAUUCCGAUCAUAAUCCAGACAGCGCAGUUUGCCGUCCAUUCCAUGAUGGCUCAGCCUGUCCUCGGACAUCCUCAGCACUACCUCUCCGUGCGUACCUUAUGGCGAACAUCGCCAAGGGCUAAACGCUUUUGGCCAACAACUGGUUUGUACUUGAUUCUAUCCCUCGUCGAUGUCUGUGAUCGAAUCAAUGUCUUCGGUUUCUGGCCGUACUCAACAGCCAUUGACGGUAGUGAUGUCCCUUACCACUACCACAAUGAUAUCAAUGCCCUCAACCAAGCCCACACUUACGACGCUGAGUUCAAAAUGCUAGUUCAUUUAUAUGAGCACGGUAUCAUAAAUAUGCAUCUAGGUUCCUGUGUAUGACAUUAAUACAUCAAUUUCAAAAUACCUUAGACACUGUACUUAAAAAGACAUGUGCUGUGUUUGUCUCGCUUUUUUGCUUUUUAUCGACUUUAUGUCUUCGUGUAAAGAGAAUUGUUAAAAAUCUUUUGACUGUAUCUUACCGCUGUAUCAUGUUGAGUGGAUAAUGUAUGAGUUGAAUGUUAAGAUCAAGUUUGUUUCAAUGUUAUCCAUGGCCACCAGAACACAAGACUUUCCUCCUGUUGUUCUAAGUUAUCCGUUCCUCGUUGUAAUUUAACAGAUCUUUGUGUUUUGGGGGAAUUGGUACCAAUGAACGUUCUUCGACAUUCACCCCUUACUCAGACACUUCCUUGUUAUACAGGCCGCAUUUAGCAAGUUAGGGGUACGUUGCAUUUGCCAAAGUGCAUGUGAGCUGGAAAGUCUUGGCAACAUUUAUACCGUUCAUAAUGCAGUUGUAAUUGUAAUGUAAUGCCGUCAUUUUGUACAAAUCAAUUUCACCGACAGAAUAUAAUUUAUGUCGUACUAUUUAUGACACACAUUUCCGCCUCUCUCUAGCCUUUUCCAGGGCGACGCAACUACACGACGUCUCCCUUUCGUCAUGCCGUCGCGUCGCACCUUCGCCUUCUUGCCACAUACGCGUUUGUACACACACAACGCCUCCCGUCGUGCCGUUGCCCGUCGCGUCAUGCUGUCUUACGUCCUUUCUUUAUUGCAAUUUUUCUGCCUAAACGUCGCUCCUUCCGUUGCCCGUUGCGUCGCUCCGUCGUGUGUCGCGUCGUAUGUUGUGUCGUGUGUUGUGUCCUGUAUUACGUUGCCUGAAGCACGAUGUGACGCACGACACGACUCACAAGGCGACGCGCCGUGUGCUGUCGCCGUUACCUUCAUGGCGUUUAUAGAGGGCGCUUUUACUGUUUUUUUGGUUUUGUUUUUUGUUGUUUCAUUUCCGCCCCCGUGCUUGCAGGGUAUAUACUCUACGUUGGAGGCCGUGAUUCUGUAUGAGUUGCAGCUGAAAAGUUUUUGGGUUGUUUUUUUUUUUGUUAGGUAAAAUGUAAUCAGAAAGAGCGUUGCGACCAACUAUCAGCAUUGUCGCCAGGAAAUAAAUAGCAUUAAUGUCAGCCGUAACAAUGUUUUAGCUUUUCCUGCUCUAAUUCUGAUCUUUCUAAUAAUUAUUUGUAAAUCCAUAAAUUGUGGCGCCAGUUUGAUAAACGAAGAUAGUGCUUCGUUCGCCGGAAGUCAGGGCACCCGACAGGUGCCGAGAUGCAUAAUUCAUGUUAUUGUGGUAUACUUAGUAAUAAGUUGCGCGCGCACUUUACUAGUGUAAAGUACAUGUACACCCACAGCUCGUGUGUGGAGCAUAGUACAGUGACAUGCAUGUUAAUAUUAUUCAAAGUUAAUUUCACCUGUUCCUCGUUCGCUUGUCACGCCAGUUGACGGGGAACCACUUUUGAAUGGUACAACCACGGAUGUGUAUAAUAAAAUCUGGACUCGCAAUGCCCUUAAUCAGCUUAUAGAGAUCAUUGAAUCCACUCGCGGCCAUUUUACCGAGCCCAACACAAAGCUUUCCUGGCAAUGCCCGCCUUUGUUCCCCCUGGCGUCGACAGAAGCGAGCUAACCUGCGCAUUUGUAUUCCCUCGGUAAAAUGGCCGCUGGUUGGCUUCUUCUUCAUACAAAAGCGUUGCAAGUCCAGGUUUUUUUUUAUACACGUCCAUGGGUACAACCUAUACCAGAGCGCCUGUCAUAUGCCUUGAAAUGAUCUGGCACACGAAGCACUGCUUUUGUUUUUCAAAUGGCGACGCCCACGGUCAUCAGAUCUGCUUCAGGCGAAGUAAUACGCGACGCAUGACGCGACCCACAUCGGUGCGGCGUGAUGGGCGACAGAAGGAGCUACGUUUAGGCAGAACAAAGGCAACAAGGAGAGGACGUAAUAUAAGACUGCUGCAGGACGCGACGGAUGACGACGCGACGCAAGACGCGACGCGUCUUGUAGGGACAAAUAUAAUGGCGUUAAGUAUUUUUUCGUAAAAUUUAAUACUAUUUAAACACUUGUCUAAAUUAGAUUAUGCACCAAAUUUCUUUUACAGUACUUUACGAGCAGAGCAGGUGCCAGAAAUAUACUUUAAAUGAAAUUCAGUAAUUUUCUAAUGGUUGAUCGCUGGCAUUUAUUGGAAAGUAAUCAACUAUAAAAGUAACAGUAAUUCCAUUCAUGUAGUGUAGACAGCUCAUGCAGUAAAUAACCAUUUUCAUCUAUUACGGACAUGAUUUUUAGGGGUCUGUGACCAAGUGAUGAAGCAAUUUUUUUAGAUUCAUUCAACACUAUUGUUCAAUAAUUAUUACAUAUAAAGGCACAAGUCCCUUUCCUUGUAUCUAGAAUUUUUUAUUACAGCUGUACUUAAUUUUCCUUCUUAAUAUGUAAAUUACAUUAUACAAAUAUUGACUGCCUUGAUUGGAAAAAAAUAAAGCAAUCAAUAUUUGUUUUAUAAAAAAUACCUCAUCCACAGAUUAUGUAUAAUUUAAGCUAAAAUCAAAAAAUAAAAAGCAAAGUGUUGGUGUUCCACUCUGCAAAUCGCGUGUGACUUUAGAAUGUGUGUAUCUGUAACUUGUUCAGUUAUGUAGCCUGGUUCAACGGGUUCGAGCGUGACAGAUAACGGCGAAAUACACGCCUGGGUACUGUUCCUAGUUUCGUUGCCAUGGAAAUAGUUCUUUUCAGAGUGAGGCUGCAUGUGUAUGGUCUUUUUGGAGUUGUGGUACAAAUAUAUAGUAAAACUAGCAAGUGGCACACUUCGGCGAAUCAAGAUACAGAAUCUGUGGAUGAGGUAUUAUCGCAUGCAUUGGUUGGCCUCUCUGGUGUGAUGAAAGUUUGCGUAUAAAAAGUACACUGUAAAUUUUUUCCUAUUACGUUUCACAUUACUUUAGCGGUAGCACAGGCGCCAGUAUUUGAUAUAGACAUUAGACACAGCAUGUUACUAUUUCGUUGAUUACUGGCUCAUUCUACAUGUGCAUUUAGGUAUAAGUUCUGUUGAAAGAGGAUUGUCAAAUUUCACGUUAAUUUUAACAGUUCAAAUAUACUUAUGUAUAAGAUACACUUACCUCGUACUCAGAAGCCUUGAUCGCGGCAGAACUUUAUUUACACUCUUAAUGUGCACUGAUAAUGGUAUAUAUGUGCAUUGUUUGUCUCCUAAAUGGAAUCAUGUUUGGAACACAAAAAAGUAAGAUUUGUCAGUUUUCGCUUUCGAUUUAUUUUUUUAUGCAAUAGUUCGCAUUUACUACCUCCAAAAAGCACAAACAUUUUUUCAGACUAAUUUCAAAUACUUGCGUAAAGAAUGGAAAACCACAAACCUAUUUGGCAAAUGUAUCCACGCCUCAUUUGUGUCAAUAUUCUGAUUGAGGUCAAAAUUUAUACCAUAAAACAUUACUGUUAAAUAUACGGCAUUUUACCGCAUUCACAAAAGCAUAGUAAAUACGUGUAACAAACAAAUUAGUUUACAGCAGUUAAUGUUGCAAAAAUACAGUACAAUACUGCUCGUAUGGUUCGUUUACUGGGGAUAACUGUUGUAAAGUACAGUACAGUAUUGCACAUUUAACAUUUUUUAUUAUAUAAUGAAUUGUUAUUUUGUUCAUUCAAACAAAACUUUGUGGUCCUCAUUUACGGUAUUCUUUUCUGUCCCAGUUGUUUGAUAAAAUCAGCACUCUAUAGAAAACAGUAUACCCAUUAUGUGACUGACUCGCUUACAAAAGUUGAAAUAAACACCCAAACACUUUCAUUAACAAAUUGAA